AUGACCUUCCGUCGCCGCGAUAUUCUCCUCGCCGGUGCUGGUGGCUUCAUAGCAUGGGGGCUGCUCGUCGAACGGCUUCCGGUUCUUCGGCUUCUCGGAUAUUCAUUUGUGCUUGGUGCUAGCUUUGCUGCGUUUACCUUCGGAGCCCUGAUCGUACUCAACGUUCGAGAUGGAACACGCGAUCGAACAAAGCCAACCAGUUUGGCCGGCACUUCCAUUGCUUUUCUUACAUCCCGUCAUUGGGCAGAACACUCCAGAAAUUAUCAGGAAGAAAUAGAUUAUCGGCCGGACACACUCUAUCCCGAAUCUCUUAUCGUAUCUGCUUCUUUGGACGAGUUGCUUCAAUUUGCAAUGAGGGAUUUUAUCCUGUCGUGGUAUGGACAUAUCAGUGGAAAUCCAAAGUUUUCGAAUGAAGUGGAUCGUGUCAUAAGAUUGGCGAUUAAUAAUUUGAGGAAAAGGCUGGAGAAUGAAGACUUGGUGGAUAUACUCGUCUCCCGUGUUGUACCCAUUGUGACGGCACAUUUUAGAGAGUUUGAUAGGGCCGAGAGAGCAGUACGAGGGAAGAAUCUCACUCACAAUGUUACGGAAUCUGAAGAAUUGGAUAUUGCCAUUGCUUCUAAAUACUUGGAUGGCAAACUACAUUCUGCUGCAGCACCAUCAUUUCCUGACGGAAACCAUCCGCAGCAAAGCUAUCUGCGUAACAUUACUUUAUCCCUCCUUCCAGAGUUGCUACCACCAAAUCUUCUUAAUAGCCGGGCCGUAUCUAUCUUAAUCAGAGAAAUCAUCACAUGUGCCGUCCUUUCCCCCUUGAUGGAGCUUUUGACUGAUCCAGACACUUGGAAUCAGCUAGUGGAGGCUUACGGUCGCGCCACGAUUCAGGAUCGAAAAACCGUUCGAAAGCUUCGUGCUGCAUUGGACCGACAUGCCUCUCCGCUUCCUAAAUCAAACCGAUCACAGCAGUUUCCAAAACUUGCACCCCAUGACUCAGAGAGGGACUUUGAGCGUUUCGUGAGAGUGAUUCGACGUUGUAAUAACCUGUCUGACGCCAGAAGAUUCAGGAGCUAUGUAACUAGUCAACUGAAACGAGAGAGCAUGGUGGAGGGCCAAGACCAGGUUUAUCUUCGUCGACUUGAGACUGGAAAGAGAGUUCUGGACCAGAAAAUUGGAAGACUCUCUGCUGCCAGCUCGAAUUCUAGCCCUCAUACUGGCACUGAUCUCCGCUACAGUUACAUAUCCAAACCACACGAGGUAUCUCUGGUCGACAUCAUGCAUAGUUCCUCGGGCCUGUCAUAUUUUAUGGAGUAUAUGGAUCGUCUUCGUCUUAUGUCCCUUGUUCAAUUUUGGAUCGUGGUUGAUGGGUUCAGGAACCCUUUGGAGGAUGACUUUGGAGAUGAUACGCCAAAUAAGUCUAUUACUUGGACGGCAACGGACCGUAACGAUAUAAUAUUGAUCAGUGAAAAUCAUUUGUUGAAACCUGAACUACAGGUGCCGGACGAGUCGAUGAAAGCUGUUAAAGAGUUCAUUGUUGCUGGUAAAAGGGCAACUCCGGAACAAUAUCGUAAAGCAAGAACAGCAAUUUUAACAGCCCAGUCUACAGCCUUGGAAGAGAUGCAAAGCAAACACUACCCGGGGUUUAAAAAAUCCGAUCUUUACUACAAGUAUUUGAUCUCUGAUGAAGCAGCAGCCACAUUCGCCAACAAGUUAGAGAGACCUAGGGCAAGUCGUUCCCCCGCCUCUGAUGGUCAUCCUGUUGCAAUGCAACGAACAGGCUCCCACUCCAGCACCAACUCCCGCGAUAUGAGAAAACCAGAUCUUUCUCCCAGUGAAACGCCAAAACUUGCCCUCUUUUCAGAUGCUCAGCCUCCCGAAAGACGAUCCCUAGAUUCAUCACGGGCACCAUUGUUUAGCGAUGACAUAGAGCCUGAUCCAAUGGAAUCUUCAACCUACAGUCUUGGUCAAGGAUCCCAUAACGGCGAUGGAGACCUGCAGGAUAGCCGUGUCAUAGCAAACAUGGAAGCCGCUCUAAAUGAUAUCAUGAGUAAUGAACCAAGUGACGUCAAAGGGGAAGAUUCUCAUUCGAAACCAUUAACACCCGCUCUCCCUCUUUUCCCGCCUGGCCGAGAUGUGGACUCAGCUAGGAGCUCAAUUGAUUCUACUCGUGUAGAUAUUCAUCCGCCAGAAAAAUUAAAGCCAAGUAUAGCUUCGCUAGGGCUCGUCAAUACUGCCUCUAGGAUUGGCGUCUUCACAGACGAUGACCUUUUCCCAGAUCAAGAGAAGUUUAUUGAAGAUGAGUAUGCAGAUGAAGUACCAGACGACAAUCCACCUGCAGAAGAUGAAAUUCAUGAAGCUUCUCCGGGCGACCUUGGCCUGACGGAAGCUAUCUCUGUAUUAAGUUCCGAUAUAAAGAAACUUUCUUCUCAAGAAGCCAUCGUCGAUGCACUGACUCGAAAAGCGGAAUUAACUAACAAUACUGCUGAGCUACGCAUAUUGGGGAAAUCUAAGUCGAGUUUGCAACGCGAAAUACGCAGAAAAGAAAUGCAGAGGCAGCAAUACAUUGUGCAAGAAAGCGACAACAGUCUCUACGGUCGUUCAAUUGUUCAAAUCAAAUCCAUUAUUGUUGGAAAAGAGGAGGACGGCCGUGAAUAUGCACUUUAUCUCGUUGAGGUGAGUCGAAAAGCUGGGGAGCAGAUUCCAGCAGCAUCCUGGGCAAUACCACGGAGAUAUAGCGAGUUUCAUGAACUCCAUCACCAACUUCGAGGGCGAUAUCCAGCUGUUCGGCACCUUGAAUUUCCACGCAGGAGGGUGGUAAUGAAACUUCAAAAAGACUUCUUGCACAAACGUCGACUAGGCCUUGAAUAUUAUCUCCAGCAACUUCUACUUCUCCCGGAUGUCUGUCGCAGCCGCGAGCUUCGAGCAUUUCUAUCCCAACGCGCCAUCAUUCCUACUCCUGGACCCGCAGAUACUCCGCGCGAAGGUGAAAACCCGGACCUUGUAACGCGCAUCUACAACUCCGUAACAGACUCUGUUGACGAUAUUCUGGGCAACAUCCCUGUUUUUGACCAGCUCUCCACGGCCAGCCAAAAUCUGAUAUCCGCCGCAACUACACAACUCAGUAAUUCGCCGCCACCCGAACUCCUAACACCAGAAGACAGCCUCACGGCUGCCGAAGCUGAAGCCGAGCUAAACGCAUUUGAAGACCGCGAACUAGAGCCAUUCGUCAAACCCAUUUGCGAUAUCUUCCUCGAAAUCUUCGAGCUCAACAAGGGCAAUAAUUGGCUGCGCGGACGUGCUGUAGUCGUCGUUUUGCACCAGCUUCUCGGCGGAGCUAUUGAGCGCAAAUUACGUGAAUAUGCGAAAGCUCUGGUCCAAGACACUGCUUUAUUGCGUUAUAUUUCCCAGGUCAAAGAUCUCAUGUGGCCUGGCGGUACACUCAGGCAGUUCAAGCCGCGGACACUCGCGGAGAAGAUGAAGAGCCGCACUGAAGCGAGCGUAGUGUUGGCUACUUUGGUGCCAGAUUUGGCGAGCAGCGUGGUGGGUAGGGCGAACGCGCAGGCUGCGGCAAGAAGAAUAUUUGCAACGACAAAUAAUAGAAAGUUGAAUUUACAUUUGAUGUAUGAGAUUUUGGAUGAAGUUAUUGAAGUGUUGUUUGGGAGUGGCAAAGGAAAAGCGGCGUAG